AGCGUUCCGCCGCAGCUACCGGCCGCAACUCCUCAACUCGGCGGCUCGCUGCCUGGACAUGUCCUGACAAACUUGGCUUCCCCGCGGCCCUCGCUCUAGCCCCUGCGCACUCUCUUCUCACCGCCUUUGGGUGCCCAAGUUUCACCCCGCUCGGAAGCCUCGGGAGAUGCAGCCACCCGGGGCCCAGCUGCACCGGCUGAUCGCUCUCCGGUCGGGGACAUGCUGAGGAUCCGAGGGAGGCAAAGUUGGGACUCCGGACACUGCUCUUAACAAAUCCUCAAACUGGGUAGGGUUUGGUGAAGCUGCUGGGGACUUUUCAGUUGGAGCCCCGAGGAUACGACUGGUCUGGUUCCCGAAAGUAAAACGAUGGGGAGACAUUUGGCCUUGCUUCUACUUCUGCUCCUCCUCCUUCAGCAGUUUGGAGAUGGCAGUGGAAGCCAAAGACUUGAACAGACUCCUCCUCUGCAGUUUACACACUCCCAGUACAAUGUCACUGUGCGUGAAAACUCUGCUGCCAAAACUUACGUUGGGCAUCCUAUAAAGAUGGGUAUCUACAUCACAGAUCCAGUGUGGGAAUUAAAGUACAAAAUUGUCUCAGGAGACAAUGAAAACCUGUUUAAAGCUGAAGAAUAUAUUCUUGGAGACUUUUGCUUUCUAAGAAUAAGGACCAAAGGAGGAAAUACAGCUAUUCUUAAUAGAGAAGUAAAAGACCAUUACACAUUGGUAGUCAAAGCAGUUGAAAAAAAUACUAAUUCUGAAGCCCGAACAAAGGUCAGGGUGCAAGUGCUGGAUACAAAUGACUUGAGACCAUUAUUCUCCCCCACCUCAUAUAGCAUUUCUUUACCUGAAAACACAGCCAUAAGGACCAGUAUUGCAAGAGUCAGCGCCACAGACGCGGACAUAGGAACCAAUGGAGAAUUUUACUACAGUUUUAAAGACCGAACAGAUAUGUUUGCUGUUCAUCCAACCAGUGGUGUGGUAGUUUUAACUGGUAAACUUGAUUACAUAGAAACCCAGCUUUAUGAGAUGGAAGUCCUCGCUGUGGACCGUGGAAUGAAAUUGUAUGGUAGCAGUGGUAUCAGCAGCAUGGCCAAGCUAACAGUUCAUGUGGAACAGGCCAACGAAUGUGCUCCUGUGAUAACAGCGGUGACAUUAUCGCCAUCAGAACUGGACAAGGACCCAACAUACGCAAUCGUGACAGUGGAUGACUGUGAUCGGGGUGCCAAUGGGGAAAUAGCUUCUUUAAGCAUUGUGGCAGGGGAUCUUCUUCAACAGUUUAGAACAGUGAGAUCCUUUCCAGGGAGUAAAGAAUAUAAAGUCAAAGCCAUUGGUGACAUUGAUUGGGACAGUCAUCCUUUUGGCUACAAUCUGACAUUACAGGCUAAAGAUAAAGGAACUCCUCCCCAGUUCUCUUCAGUAAAAGUAAUUCAUGUGACCUCACCACAGUUCAAAGCUGGGCCAGUCAAGUUUGAAAAGGAUGUUUACAGAGCUGAAAUAAGUGAAUUUGCUCCUCCCAGCACACCUGUGGUCAUGGUAAAAGCCAUUCCUAAUUAUUCCCAUUUAAGGUAUGUUUUUAAAACACCUGGAAAAGCUAAAUUCAGUUUAAAUUACAACACUGGUCUCAUUUCCAUUUUAGAACCAAUUAAGAAACAGCAGACAUCCCAUUUUGAGCUUGAAGUAACAACGAGUGACAGAAAAGCGUCCACCAAGGUCUUAGUUAAAAUCUUAGGUGCAAAUAGUAACCCCCCUGAGUUUUCCCAGACAGCAUACAAAGCUUCUUUUGAUGAGAAUGUGCCCAUUGGUACUACUAUCAUGAGUGUGAGUGCCGAAGACCCUGAUGAGGGUGAGAAUGGGUAUGUAACAUACAGUAUUGCUAAUUUAAAUCAUGUGCCAUUUGUGAUUGACCAUUUCACUGGUGCUGUGAGUAUUUCAGAAAACUUGGACUAUGAAUUGAUGCCUCGAGUGUAUAGUCUAAGGAUUCGUGCAUCUGACUGGGGCUUGCCAUAUCGCCGGGAAGUUGAAGUCCUUGCUACAAUUACUCUCAAUAACUUGAAUGACAACACACCCUUGUUUGAGAAGAUAAACUGUGAAGGAACAAUUCCUAGGGAUCUAGGUGUGGGAGAGCAAAUAACUACUGUUUCUGCUAUUGAUGCUGAUGAACUUCAGUUGGUACGAUAUCAGAUUGAAGCUGGCAAUGAACUAAAUUUGUUUAGCUUAAACCCUACCUCUGGGGUGUUGACAUUGAAGCAGUCACUAAUGGAUGGCUUAGGCUCAAAGGUAUCUUUCCACAGUCUGAGAAUUACAGCUACAGAUGGAGAAAAUUUUGCCACACCAUUAUAUAUCAACAUAACUGUGGCUGCCAGUCGUAAGCCAGUAAAUCUGCAAUGUGAGGAGACUGGUGUUGCCAAAAUGCUGGCAGAGAAGCUCCUGCAGGCAAAUAAGUUACACAAUCAAGGAGAAAUUGAGGAUAUCUUCUUUGAUUCUCACUCUAUCAAUGCUCAUGCACCACAGUUUAGAACUACCCUUCCUACUAGUAUUGAGGUAAAGGAAAAUCACCCCAUGGGUUCCAGUGUAAUUUUCAUGAAUGCUACUGACCUUGACACUGGCUUUAAUGGAAAACUGGUCUAUGCUAUUUCUGGAGGAAAUGAGGAUAGUAGCUUCAUUAUUGACAUGGAAACAGGGAUGCUAAAAGUUUUCUCUCCACUUGACCGUGAGACAAAAGACAGAUACAGCUUGAAUAUUACUGUGUAUGACCUUGGAAUACCCCAGAAGGCCACUUGGCAUCUUUUAGAUCUUAUUGUCCUGGAUGCCAAUGAUAACCCACCUGAGUUUUUACAGGAGAGCUAUUUUGUUGAAGUGAGUGAAGACAAGGAGGUAAAUAGUGAAAUAAUCCAGGUUGAAGCCACAGAUAAAGAUCUAGGGCCCAACGGACAUGUGACAUACUCGAUCCUUACAGACACAGACAAGUUUUCAAUUGACAGCGUGACUGGUGUUGUUAAAAUUAUACACACUCUGGAUCGUGAAGUACAGCCGGUGCACUACUUAAAGAUUGAAGCUAGGGACCAAGCCAGAGAAGAGCCCCAGUUGUUUUCUACUGUACUUUUGAAAGUGUCACUAGAAGAUGUUAAUGACAACCCACCUGUGUUUAUUCCACCUAGUUACCGUGUAAAAGUUCGAGAGGAUCUUCCAGAAGGAACCAUAAUCAUGUGGUUAGAAGCCCAUGAUCCUGAUUUGGGUCAAUCCAGUCAGGUGAGAUACAGUCUUAUGGACCAUGGAGAAGGAGGCUUUGAUGUUGAUAAGCUCAGUGGGGCAGUUAGAAUUGUACAGCAGUUGGACUUUGAGAAGAAGCAAGUAUAUAAUCUCACCGUGAGGGUCAAAGACAAAGGGAAGCCGACUUCUCUGUCUUCCACUUGCUACAUUGAAGUUGAGGUAAUUGAUGUGAAUGAGAACUUAUACCCACCAGUGUUUCCCAGCUUUGUGGAAAAGGGUAUAGUGAAAGAAGAUGUUCCUCUUGGUUCAUCAGUCAUGACAGUGUCAGCUCAUGAUGAGGACACAGGAAGAGAUGGGGAGAUCCGAUACUCCAUUAGAGAUGGUUCUGGUAUUGGUGUUUUCAAGAUAGAUGAAGAAACAGGUGUCAUAGAGACCUGUGAUCGACUGGACCGGGAAUCGACCUCCCAUUAUUGGCUGACAGUCUAUGCAGCCGAUCAGGGUGUUGUGCCCCUUUCAUCAUUUAUAGAGGUCUACAUAGAGGUUGAAGAUGUCAAUGACAACGCGCCACAGACAUCAGAGCCUGUUUAUUAUCCAGAAGUAAUGGAAAAUUCUCCCAAGGAUGUGUCUGUGGUCCAAAUCGAGGCAUUUGAUCCAGAUUCCAGCUCUAAUGACAAGCUGAUGUACAAAAUUACAAGUGGAAAUCCACAGGGAUUCUUUUCAAUACAUCCCAAAACAGGUCUCAUCACAACAACAUCAAGGAAACUAGACCGGGAACAACAAGAUGAACACAUAUUAGAAGUUACUGUGACAGACAAUGGUAGCCCCCCCAAAUCAACCAUUACAAGAGUAAUUGUGAAAAUCCUUGAUGAAAAUGACAACAAACCUCAGUUCUUGCAAAAGUUCUACAAAAUCAGACUCCCAGAGCGAGAAAAACCAGACCGAGAAAGAAACGCCAAACGAGAGCCUCUCUACCGUGUCAUAGCUACAGACAAAGAUGAAGGUCCCAAUGCAGAAAUCUCCUACAGCAUCGAGGACGGGAAUGAGCAUGGCAAAUUUUUCAUUGAGCCAAAAACUGGAGUGGUUUCAUCCAAAAAGUUUUCUGGAGCUGGAGAAUAUGAUAUUCUUUCAAUCAAGGCAGUUGAUAAUGGUCGUCCACAAAAGUCAUCAACCACUAGACUCCAUAUUGAAUGGAUCUCCAGACCCAAACCAUCCCUGGAGCCAAUUGCAUUUGAAGAAUCCUUUUUUACCUUUACUGUCAUGGAGAGUGAUCCAGUUGCUCACAUGAUAGGAGUGAUUUCUGUGGAGCCUCCCAGCACGCCUCUUUGGUUUGACAUCACUGGUGGCAACUUCGACAGUCACUUUGAUGUGGAUAAGAGCACUGGAACCAUCAUCGUUGCCAAACCUCUUGAUGCAGAACAAAAAUCAAACUAUAACCUCACAGUCGAGGCUACAGAUGGAACCACCACUAUCCUUACUCAGGUAUUCAUCAAAGUAAUAGACACAAACGACCAUCGUCCUCAGUUCGCUACAUCAAAAUAUGAAGUUACUAUUCCUGAAGAUACAGUGCCAGAAACAGAAAUUUUGCAAAUCAGUGCUGUAGAUAAGGAUGAAAAAAACAAACUCAUCUAUACUCUGCAGAGUAGCAUAGAUCCAUUGAGUCUGAAGAAAUUUCGCCUUGAUCCUGCAACUGGCUCUCUCUAUACUUCUGAAAAACUGGAUCAUGAAGCCAUCCACCAGCACAUUCUCACAGUCAUGGUACGAGAUCAAGAUGUCCCUGUAAAACGCAACUUUGCAAGGAUUGUUGUCAAUGUCAGUGACAUGAAUGACCAUGCCCCAUGGUUCACCAGUUCCUCCUAUGAAGGGCGGGUAUACGAGUCUGCAGCUGUUGGCUCAGUGGUGUUGCAGAUUACAGCUCUGGACAAAGACAAAGGGGAAAAUGCUGAAGUGCUGUACUCGAUUGAAUCAGGAAAUAUUGGAAAUUCUUUCACAAUUGAUCCCAUCUUGGGCUCUAUAAAAACUGCCAAAGAAUUAGACCGAAGUAACCAAGUGGAAUAUGAUUUAAUCGUAAAAGCUACAGAUAAAGGCAAUCCACCAAUGAGUGAAAUAACUUCCGUGCAUGUCUUUGUCACAGUUGCUGACAAUGCCUCUCCUAAGUUCACGUCAAAAGAAUAUUCUGUUGAAAUCAGUGAAACUGUCAGCACUGGGAGUUUUGUUGGAAUGGUCACUGCCCAUAGUCAGUCAUCAGUGAUAUAUGAAAUAAAAGAUGGAAAUAUAGGUGACGCUUUUGACAUUAAUCCACAUUCUGGAAGUAUCAUCACUCAAAAAUCUCUGGAUUUUGAAACUUUGCCUAUUUACACAUUGAUAAUACAAGGAACUAACAUGGCUGGUCUAUCUACUAAUACAACUGUUCUAGUACACCUACAGGAUGAGAAUGACAACCUGCCGGUUUUUAUGCAGGCGGAAUAUACUGGACUCAUUAGUGAAUCAGCCUCAAUUAACAGUGUGGUCCUGACAGACAGGAAUGUCCCCCUCGUGAUUCGAGCAACUGAUAGUGAUAAAGAAUCAAAUGCUUUGCUUGUUUAUCACAUCGUAGAACCUUCUGUACAUAAAUACUUUGCUAUUGACUCUAACACUGGUGCUAUUCACACAGUGCUAAGUCUGGACUAUGAAGAAACAAGUAUUUUCCACUUCACUGUGCAAGUGCAUGACAUGGGAACCCCACGUCUAUUUGCUGAAUAUGCAGCAAAUGUGACCAUACAUGUAAUUGACAUUAAUGACUGCCCUCCCGUGUUCUCCAAGUCAGUAUAUGAGGCAUCUCUUCUGUUGCCUUCAUACAGAGGAGUAAAGAUCAUCACAGUAAAUGCUACAGAUGCUGAUUCAAGUGCAUUCUCCCAGUUAAUAUAUUCCAUCACUGAAGGCAACAUUGGGGAAAAGUUUCUAAUGGACUAUAAGACUGGUACCCUAACUGUACAAAACACAACUCAGUUAAGAAGCCGCUAUGAGUUAACUGUUAGAGCUUCUGAUGGCAGAUUUGCCAGCUUCACCUCUGUUAAAAUCAAUGUGAAAGAAAGCAAAGAAAGUCAACUAAAGUUUACCCAAGAUUCCUACUUUGCAGUAGUGAAAGAGAAUUCCACUGAAGCCAAAACAUUAGCUGUCAUUACUGCUGUUGGAAAUCCAAUCAAUGAGCCUUUGUUUUAUCACAUCCUCAACCCAGAUCGAAGGUUUAAAAUAAGCCGCACCUCAGGAGUGCUGUCAACCACCGGCAUUCCAUUUGAUCGAGAACAACAGGAGGUAUUUGAUGUGGUUGUGGAAGUGACAGAAGAAAAAAGGCCUUCAGCAGUAGCCCACGUUGUUGUGAAGGUCACCAUAGAAGACCAGAAUGACAAUGCACCAGUGUUUGUCAACCUUCCCUACUAUGCUGUUGUUAAAGUGGACACUGAGGUGGACCAUGUCAUUCGCUAUGUCACUGCUGUAGACAGAGACAGUGGCAAAAACGGGGAAGUACAUUACUACCUUAAGGAACAUCACGAACACUUUCAAGUUGGACCUUCAGGGGAAAUUUCACUGAAAAAGCAAUUUGAACUUGACACCUUAAAUAAAGAAUAUCUUAUAACAGUGGUUGCAAAAGAUGGAGGAAACCCAGCGUUUUCAGCUGAAGUUAUUGUUCCCAUCACUGUUGUAAACAAAGCCAUGCCUGUGUUUGAGCAAACUUUCUAUAGUGCAGAGAUUGUAGAGAAUGUCCAGAUGCACAGCCCUGUGGUCCAUGUACAAGCCAACAGCCCAGAAGGGUUGAAAGUGUUCUACAGCAUCACAGAUGGAGAUCCUUUUAGCCAAUUUACCAUUAACUUCAAUACUGGAGUUAUAAAUGUCAUAGCUCCUCUGGAUUUUGAGUCCCACCCAGCAUAUAAGCUGAGUGUACGAGCAACUGACUCCUUGACUGGGGCUCAUGCUGAAGUAUUUGUGGACAUUGUAGUGGAGGACAUCAACGACAACCCUCCUGUGUUUGCUCACCAGUCGUAUGCCGCCACCCUGUCUGAGGCGUCUGUUAUUGGAACAUCUGUUGUCCAUGUAAGAGCAACAGAUUCUGAUUCAGAACCAAAUAGAGGGAUUUCUUACCACAUGUUUGGGAAUCAUAGCAAGAGUCAUGAUCAUUUUCACAUAGACAGCAGCACCGGUCUCAUUUCGUUAGUCAGAACCUUGGAUUUUGAACAGUCUCAACAGCACAAGAUUUUUGUAAGGGCUGUCGAUGGUGGUAUGCCCCCAUUGAGCAGUGAUGUGAUUGUUACAGUGGAUGUCACUGACCUCAAUGAUAAUCCACCACUCUUUGACCGACAGAUUUACGAAGCCAAAAUCAGCGAGCAUGCUGCUCCCGGGCAAUUUGUGACCUGUAUGAAGGCCUAUGAUGCAGACAGUUCAGACAUAGACAAGUUGGAAUAUUCCAUUCUAUCUGGCAAUGAUCAUAAAACUUUUGUCAUUGACAGUGAAACAGGGAUUAUCACACUUUCAAGCCUGCGCCGGCACACCUUGAAGCCAUUUUAUAGCCUUAACAUUUCUGUUUCUGAUGGAGUUUUUAGAAGUUCAGCUCAGGUUCAUGUAACUGUAAUUGGAGGCAAUUUGCACAGUCCUGUUUUUGUUCAGAAUGAAUAUGAAGUGGAACUAGCUGAAAACGCUCCCUUACACACUCUGGUGAUUGAGGUUAAAGCCACUGAUGAGGAUUCCGGCAUCUAUGGUCAAAUUACUUACCAUAUUGUAAAUGACUUUGCCAAAGAAAGAUUUUACACAAAUGAGCAAGGACAGGUAUUCACUCUGGAAAAACUUGAUCGAGAAACUCCAGCAGAGAAAGUAAUUCCAGUUCGUUUAAUGGCUAAAGACACUGGGGGAAAAGUUGCUUUCUGCACCAUUAACAUCAUCCUCACAGAUGACAACGAUAAUGCACCACAGUUUCGAGCAACCAAAUAUGAAGUAAACAUCGGAUCUGGUGCUGCCAAAGGGGCAUCCAUCAUUAAAGUUCUUGCAAGUGAUGCUGACGAGGGGUCCAAUGCUGAUGUCACCUAUGCCAUUGAAGCAGAUUCUGAAAGUGUCAAAGAGAAUCUGGAAAUUAACAAACUGUCUGGCGUAAUUACUACAAAGGAAAGCCUAAUUGGCUUAGAAAAUGAGUUCUUCACUUUCUUUGUUAGGGCUAUGGAUAAUGGGUCUCCACCAAAAGAAUCUGUUGUUCCAGUCUAUAUUAAAAUUCUUCCACCUGAAAUGCAGCUUCCAAAGUUUUCAGAACCUUUUUAUACCUACACAGUUUCAGAAGACAUACCUAUUGGAACAGAAAUAGAUGUCAUCCAUGCAGAACAUAGCGGGACUGUUCUUUACAGCCUGAUCAAAGGAAAUACCCCUGAAAGUAACAGGGAUGAGGUCUUUGUGAUUGACAGACAGAGUGGGAGACUGAAACUGGAGAAGGGCCUUGAUCAUGAGACAACCAAGUGGUAUCAGUUCUCCAUACUGGCCAGGUGCACUCACAAUGAUAACGAGAUAGUGGCUUCUGUAGAGGUUAGUAUCCAAGUGAAAGAUGCAAAUGACAACAGCCCAGUCUUGGAAUCUAAUCCAUAUGAGGCAUUUGUUGUUGAAAAUCUGCCAGGAGGAAGUAGAGUCAUCCAAAUCAGGGCAUCUGAUCUGGACUCUGGAACCAAUGGCCAAGUUACGUAUAGCCUGGAUCUGUCACAAAGUGAAGAAGUCAUUGAAUCUUUUACCAUUAAUAAGGAAACAGGCUGGAUUACAACCCUAAAGGAACUUGACCAUGAAAAGAGAGCCAAUUACCAGAUUAAAGUGGUUGCAUCAGAUCAUGGAGAGAAGGUUCAGCUCUCCUCCACAGCUGUCGUGGACGUUACCAUCACUGAUGUUAAUGAUAGCCCACCACGAUUCACAGCAGAGAUUUAUAAAGGGACUGUGAGUGAAGAUGACCCCCCAGGGGGUGUGAUUGCCAUUUUAAGCACCACGGAUGCUGAUUCUGAAGAGAUUAACAGACAGGUUACAUAUUUCAUAACAGGAGGGGAUGCCUUAAGACAGUUUGCUAUUGAAAAUAUACAGAAUGAGUGGAAGGUCUAUGUGAAGAAACCUCUAGACAGAGAACAAAAGGACAAUUAUCUCCUGACAAUCACAGCAACUGACGGGACCUUCUCAUCAAAAGCUAUUGUUGAAGUGAAAGUUCUUGAUGCCAAUGAUAAUAGUCCAGUUUGUGAAAAGACAUUAUAUUCAGAUACCAUUCCUGAAGAUGCCCUUCCUGGGAAAUUGGUCAUGCAAAUCUCCGCUACAGAUGCAGACAUCCGUUCCAAUGCUGAAAUUACUUACACGUUAUUUGGUUCAGGUGCAGAAAAAUUCAAACUAAAUCCAGAUACAGGUGAACUGAAAAUAUUAACCGCCCUUGAUCGUGAGCACCAAGCAGUGUAUAAUCUUCUAGUCAAGGCCACCGAUGGCGGGGGAAGAUUCUGUGAAGCCAAUAUUGUGCUCACAUUAGAAGAUGUGAAUGAUAAUCCUCCCGAAUUCACUGCUGAUCCUUACACCAUUGCCGUGUUUGAAAACACAGAGCCUGGAACACCACUCACAAGAGUGCAGGCCACAGAUGCCGAUGCAGGAUUGAAUCAAAAGAUUUCCUACUUACUGAUGAACUCUGCUGAUGGCCAGUUCUCCAUAAAUGAAUUAUCUGGUAUUAUUCAAUUAGAAAAGCCUUUGGAUAGAGAACUCCAGGCAGUAUAUACCCUUACUGUGAAAGCUGUAGAUCAAGGCUUGCCAAGGAGAUUGACAGCUACUAGCAGUGUUAUUGUGUCAGUUUUGGAUAUAAAUGACAACCCCCCAGUGUUUGAAUACCGUGAAUAUGGUGCCACUGUGUCUGAGGACAUUCUCAUUGGAACAGAAGUUCUUCAGGUGUAUGCAGCAAGUCGGGAUAUUGAAGCAAAUGCAGAAAUCACCUACUUGAUAAUAAGUGGAAAUGAACAUGGAAAAUUCAGCAUAGAUUCUAAAACAGGGGCCAUUUUUAUCAUUGAGAAUCUGGAUUAUGAAAGCUCUCAUGAAUAUUACUUAACUGUUGAAGCCACUGAUGGGGGCACACCCUCACUAAGUGAUGUUGCAACUGUGAACAUCAAUGUAACAGAUAUCAACGAUAACACCCCAGUGUUCAGCCAAGACACCUACACGACAGUGAUCAGUGAAGAUGCUAUUCUUGAGCAAUCUGUCAUUACAGUUAUGGCUGAUGAUGCUGAUGGACCUUCAAACAGCCACAUCCGCUAUUCAAUUAUAGAUGGCAAUCAGGGAAACCCAUUUACAAUUGACUCUGUCAAGGGAGAAGUGAAAGUGACCAGACUUCUAGAUCGGGAAACAAUUUCAGGUUACACGCUCACAGUUCAAGCUUCUGACAACGGGAGUCCACCCAGAGUCAACACCACGACUGUGAAUAUUGAUGUUUCUGAUGUGAAUGACAAUGCCCCGGCCUUCUCCCAAGAGAACUACAGCCUCAUUGUCCAGGAAAAUAAGCCAGUAGGUUUCAGUGUGCUGCAGCUAGUAGUGACAGACAAGGAUUCAUCUCACAACGGCCCACCCUUCUUCUUCACUAUUGUGAGUGGGAAUGAGGAUAAAGCAUUUGAAGUUGACCAGCAGGGAGUCCUCUUGACUUCAGGUGCCAUUAAGAGGAAAGUGAAAGAUCACUACUUACUGCAUGUUAAGGUGGCAGAUAAUGGAAAGCCUCAGUUGUCAUCUUUGACAUACAUUGAUAUCAGGGUUAUCGAGGAAAGCAUCUAUCCUCCUGCCAUCUUGCCCCUGGAGAUUUUCAUUACUGCUUUUGGAGAGGAAUACUCAGGUGGUGUCAUUGGGAAGAUUCAUGCAACUGAUCAGGAUGUGUAUGAUACUUUAACUUAUAGUCUUGAUCCCCAAAUGGACAGCCUGUUCUCUGUUUCCAGCACAGGGGGAAAGCUGAUAGCACAUAAAAAGCUAGAUAUAGGGCAGUACCUUCUCAAUGUCACCGUAACAGAUGGGAAAUUCACAACAGUGGCUGACGUCACAGUGCAUAUCAGACAAAUAACACAAGAGAUGUUGAACCACACCAUUGCCAUCCGCUUUGCCAAUCUUACUCCAGAAGAAUUUGUUGGUGACUAUUGGCGCAACUUCCAGCGAGCUUUACGGAAUAUCUUGGGUGUGAGAAGAAAUGACAUACAGAUUGUUAGUUUGCAGCCCUCUGAACAUCAUCCACAUCUGGAUGUCUUACUAUUUGUAGAGAAAUCAGGUAGUGCCCAGGUUUCAACAAAACAGUUUCUGCACAAGAUUAAUUCUUCUGUGGCUGAUAUUGAGGAAAUCAUUGGUGUCAGGAUAUUAGAUGUAUUCCAGAAGCUUUGUGCAGGACUGGAUUGCCCCUGGAAGUUCUGUGAGGAAAAGGUGUCUGUAGAUGAAAGUGUGAUGUCAACACAUAGCACAGCCAGACUGAGUUUUGUGACUCCCCGCCACCACAGAACAGCUGCGUGUCUCUGCAAAGAGGGAAAAUGCCCCACUCUCCACCUUGGAUGUGAAGACAGUCCAUGCCCUGAAGGAUCUGAAUGUAUCACUGAUCCCAGGGAGGAGAAGUACACCUGUGUCUGCCCAGGGGGCCAGUUUGGUCAGUGCACAGGGAGUUCAUCUAUAACAUUUACAGGGAAUAGCUUUGUGAAAUACCGUCUAAUGGAAAAUGAAAACAAACUAGAGAUGAAGUUGACAAUGAGGCUCAGAACCUAUUCUGCUCAUGCUGUUGUAAUGUAUGCUCGAGGAACUGACUACAGUAUCUUGGAAAUUCAUAAUGGGCGGCUGCAGUACAAGUUUGACUGUGGAAGUGGCCCUGGAAUUGUCUCUGUUCAAAGCAUUCAAGUCAACGACGGGCAGUGGCACGCAGUGUCUCUUGAGGUGAAUGGAAACUAUGCGAGGUUAGUCUUAGACCAAGUUCACACUGCAUCAGGCACGGCCCCAGGGACUCUGAAAACCUUGAACCUGGAUAACCAUGUGUUUUUUGGAGGCCACAUUCGUCAGCAAGGAGCCCGGCAUGGAAGAAGCCCCCAAAUUGGUAAUGGCUUUAGAGGUUGUAUGGACUCCAUUUAUCUGAACGGGCACGAGCUCCCUUUAAGUAGCAAACUGAGAAGCUAUGCACACAUCGAGGAGUGGGUGGACGUGUCUCCUGGGUGCUUACUGACAGCUACAGAAGACUGCUCAAGUAACCCUUGCCAGAACGGGGGCGUUUGUACUCCAUCACCUACUGGAGGUUAUUACUGCAAAUGCAGUGCCUUGUACAUAGGGAUGUACUGUGAGAUGAGUGUCAACCCGUGUGCCUCCAAUCCAUGUCUCUAUGGUGGGACGUGCAUUGUAGAUAAUGGAGACUUUGUCUGCCAAUGUAGAGGGUUAUAUACUGGUCAGAGGUGCCAGCUUAGUCCAUACUGCAAGGAUGAGCCCUGUAAAAAUGGUGGAACAUGUUUUGACAGUUUGGAUGGUGCUGUUUGUCAGUGUGAUUCAGGUUUUAGAGGAGAAAGGUGUCAGAGUGACAUUGACGAGUGUACUGGAAACCCCUGCCGUAACGGGGCCUCCUGUGAGAAUACACAUGGCUCCUAUCAUUGCAACUGCAGCCAUGAGUACAGAGGAAAACACUGUGAGGACGCUGCACCCAACCAAUACGUGUCCACCCCAUGGAACAUUGGAUUGGCGGAAGGAAUAGGAAUUAUCAUUUUUAUAACAGGGAUAUUUAUACUGGUGGUAGUGUUUGUCCUCUGCCGCAAGAUGAUUAGUCAAAAGAAGAAACACCAGGCUGAACCUGAAGACAAACACUUGGGACCAGCCACAGCUUUCUUACAAAGACCGUAUUUUGAUUCAAAGUUAAAUAAGAACAUUUACUCUGACAUACCACCCCAGGUGCCUGUCCGUCCUAUUUCCUAUACUCCAAGCAUCCCAAGUGACUCUAGAAACAAUCUUGACCGAAAUUCUUUUGAAGGAUCUGCUAUUCCAGAGCAUCCCGAAUUCAGCACCUUUAAUCCUGAGUCUGUGCAUGGACAUCGAAAAGCAGUGGCUGUCUGCAGCGUGGCCCCAAACCUGCCUCCCCCACCUCCUUCAAACUCCCCUUCUGACUCUGACUCCAUUCAGAAGCCUAACUGGGAUUUUGACUAUGAUACUAAAGUGGUGGAUCUUGAUCCCUGUAUUUCCAAGAAGCCUCUCGAGGAAAAGCCUUCUCAGCCAUACAGUGCCCGGGAAAGCCUGUCUGAAGUGCAGUCCCUCAGUUCCUUCCAGUCUGAAUCAUGUGAUGACAAUGGAUAUCACUGGGAUACGUCAGAUUGGAUGCCAAGUGUUCCUCUGCCAGAUAUACAAGAGUUCCCCACUUACGAGGUUAUUGAUGAGCAGACACCCCUGUACUCAGCAGAUCCAAAUGCCAUCGAUACUGACUAUUAUCCUGGAGGUUAUGACAUUGAAAGUGACUUCCCACCACCACCAGAGGACUUCCCUGUGCCUGAUGAGCUACCACCAUUGCCUCCAGAAUUCAGUGAUCAGUUCGAAUCCAUACACCCCCCAAGAGACAUGCCUGCCACAGGCAGUUUGGGCUCUUCAACGAGAAACCGUCAGAGGUUCAACUUGAAUCAGUAUUUGCCCAAUUUCUACCCCAUGGAUAUGUCUGAACCCCCUCAAAAAGGCACUGGUGAGAACAGUACUUGUAGAGAACCCUAUGCUCCUUACCCUCCAGGGUACCAGAGAAACUUCGAGGCCCCCACUGUAGAAAACAUGCCCUUGUCUGUGUACACUUCUACCGCUUCCUGCUCUGAUGUGUCAGCAUGCUGUGAAGUGGAGUCGGAGGUCAUGAUGAGUGACUAUGAGAGUGGAGAUGAUGGCCACUUUGAAGAGGUGACGGUCCCUCCGCUGGACUCCCAGCAGCACACAGAAGUCUGAUGCUCAACUCCCUCCCCCCAAGUGCCUGGACUUUAAGAAACCUGGAGAUUAUAUGAAUAAUCUUCUGCAUUGUUUUUUGUAGCGGUGCUUAAGCGCUUUUUUGUGGUGAGCUGAAACGGGCAUGGCUGCAAUGGCUCCCACACCUCUUGACACGUUAGCCAUUUCCAGGGUCCUAACCUCCUAUAACUGAGUGGGGUUUCUGUCGGCUGUGCCAUUUCUGAACAUUUUUUGGUAUUUCCAUUUGUCUGUGUUAAAAUAAUGAAACAAAAAUCAAUCCUACCAUCAUGUUAGCAUGAUUCAUGUAUUUAUAUAGAUUUGAUUAUUUUAAUUUUCCUGUCUGUUUCUUUGUAAAUUUAUGUACAGAUUUGAUUUUACGUUGUUUUAGCUACAUUGUCAAGAUAUUUUGUGCAUUUGUUUCCAACGGAAUUUUGGUGGUGUUAGUACCAUUACCUAGCACCCUGAUUUUUUAAUAUAACCAGGGUUUCACUGUAUGUCUUUUCCCACAAAGUAUGACUUCUCAUUAAUAUGUUUCAAUAAUGUCAUUCAUGUCUAGAUGUACAUAGGAUGAGGAAAGAUCUUACACAUGGUCAUGUCUUAAAUGAAUUGCCGUAUUUUAGAAUUAUAAACAUUUUUCAUUAUUGGAAAGCGUAAUGGGGACCUUCUGCAUUCCUGUUUAGUACCAAAACCACCAUGACACAGUUUUUAUAGUGUCUGUAUAUUUGUGAUGCAAUGGUCUUGUAAAGGUUUUUACUGCAAACUACCAUUAGCUUGUCUUUCUUACAAUAAAUUAUUAAUAAAAUAA